ACCGCCCGCCAGGAGAAGCUGCCUCUCAGUGUGUGUCUGGUGGCCAGUCCGUGUCCUCCUCCUGCGAGUCAGCGUCCGUGUUCUCCUGCCUCUCCGGGGCCUAAUCGCAGCGGGGCGGAACCUUCCGGAAAAGGAUGGCGAACUCGGCGCUGGAGAUCGCGGCCAUGUGCAUCAGCCUGCUGGGCCUGAUCGGCGCGGCGGCCAGCACGGGCAUGCCCAUGUGGAGGGUGACGGCCUUCAUCGGGGAGAACAUCAUCGUCAUGGAGACGCGCUGGGAGGGGCUGUGGAUGAACUGCUACAGGCAGGCCAACAUCCGCAUGCAGUGCAAGGUGUACGACUCGCUGCUGGCGCUCUCGCCCGACCUGCAGGCCGCCCGCGGGCUCAUGUGCUGCUCGCUGGCGCUGGCGGGGCUGGGCGUGCUCAUCGCCAUCGCCGGCAUGCAGUGCACCGCCUGCAUCCGCGACAACGACCGCGCCAAGCGCGCCGUCCUGGUCGCCGCCGGCAGCAUGAUCCUCCUGGCCUGCUUCUGCGUGGUCAUCCCCGUCUCCUGGACGGGCCACGUGAUCAUCCGCGACUUCUACAACCCGCUGCUGAUCGACGCGCAGCGCAGGGAGCUGGGGGAGGCGCUCUACAUCGGCUGGGUCUCCGCCGCCCUCCUCUUCGUCGGCGGCUGCAUGUUCGCCUGCUGCAACGUCUCUUCGGGGAAGGACACCGAGAGGUCCGUCUACUCCAGGAACCCCCAGUACCUGGCCUACCCCCCGCAGGUGGUGUACACCCCGCAAGGAGCAUACACCCCGCAAGGAGCGUACACCCCUCAGACUGUGUACACCCCCCAGCGCUACCCCUCCUACCACAGCUACCCGUCCAGGCAUCCGUCCAUGCGCAGCGCGAUGGCUUACCUCUGAUCGCGCGAGGGGACGUCUGUCACUCGCCAGACUCCUGCGGGAUUCCACAAAAGAGGAGGUGUGCGUUCUGACUGUGCCGUGAGUACGUUUCUGAGGAUCCGCAGCGGGACUCGUGGUGCUCCCCAAAUUUGAAUUUGGGAACACUGCACUUAAAAACUGCAGAGGGAGAGAUAGAUGGAUAGGUAGGUCAAUAGAUAGGCAGAGAGAGAGGGAGAAAGGGAGAGAAAUUUCAAAUGUGAUUCAAGAUCCCAUUGCUUAGAGGAGACCAGUAAACAGACUGAUGCACAUCCACGACCAAGAAGAAUGUGAGCUAUAGACUCUUACGUUGUUUGAAGUAUGUUUACUAAGAAAACAGGAUGAAAUAAGAUAUACUCUUGUGUAUAUAUUGUUAACACUUUCUGUUUCUCUAACUAAAAAAAGGUUGUGAAUGAUAAAUUUGAAAGUCUUUCUUAUUCAUGUGAAAUACCUAACUUUAUUUUCAUAGAAUUAGCUACAACUACUUCAUGUAAAAACUGUAGUUUACUAUUUUGUACAAUUUGAAUAGUUUUAGCAGAGGCAUACAAAUUGUUUCACUUCAGUGCCCUAAAAUGUGAUGUAACUCCUUUGAAAAUCAUACCAAUUAUCAUAACAAAAAACAUCUGCACUCAGGAUUUUGUUGUUCAUAUAAAAAAACUGUGACAUGUACAUUGGUCUGCUUGUUGAACUUGAUACCCCGCUAAAAAAAUGACAUUUUUUGGUAUUUAAUUUGAUGUGAUGUUCCUUCUCAUGUCAUAUGUUUACAGUUGGCCAUCUUGUGCCAAUUUCAGAUGACUAUCUUGACAAGUGGUAACCCAGGGAGACAUGACUUUCACUACUGUAAGUCAGAGAAUUCUAAAGCAUACAUAUCUUUCUUGUGCACAGCUAAAUUCUCAGUGUUAAAUCAAGGCCAACGUUGUUUAUAUGAGGGAGACCAGUGGAGACCAAUUCUGACAGAGAACUUUUAACUCCAUCGGUUGAUUAUACACAAAAUUUAUUAUUGUGCAAAGGCAAAAACAGGGCUUUAAAAACCAACAGCAGUGAACUUGUAUUGGCUCACUCCCAUAUUGGCUCACUCCCAGGGCUAUAGCUGACAGUGACUUAAUAGCAGACGCCGAAGACCAUCCUGGAGCGGUUGUAUUGUGUGUGGUGUAAACAUGACACCGACACAGCUGGGCCUAAUGUAACACAGGAGAGCUAUAGGUGCAAAACUGAGACCGAGCUGUUGCUAUCCAUGGGAACAGCCCGGCGGUGACUCACAUUACCCACCGUGAGACUGACAGCACCAUUGUGUGUCCCAGAUGUCCCAGAAUGGCUGCACGGUGUGUAUGUGUUACUAAACAGAGAAGGUCCCAGAGUUACAGGUUACCGAAGGCGUGGCUGCUGCUACUGUGUGUUUUAGCAAAGAGCUCAGUAAACAAAAAGGACAAACAAACAGCCGAGACCAGGUUAAGGAAUUUUACAUUUACUUUGAAUAGAGGCCCUGGAAGCAAGGGUAGAUAUAAGCGAUAAUUGUCUCGACCCAAAGGGUGCCUAUUUUUUUCGAAAACAAAUUAUUUAGAUCCUGUUUUCAAAGCUAAGGACAUAUGAUAAAACAACACCAAUGAAAUGUCCCGCUCUCAGGCAUAUUUCAUGUAAUUUAGCUUCUUUAUUAGUUGAUUUUUGGUGUAAUACCACAGGGGCAACAAUUAUUAGUAUGUUUGCUUUUGGAAAGCCUGAAUUUUCUUUUUUGUAUACCAGAAUUGCAAUAUGUAAUCAUUUUUGGUUGUAAUAAUGUGUGUGGUGACUUGUACUGAAAAAUUUAACACCUUUGAUAAUUAUUUCAUACAUUAAAAAUGAACAAGCUCUCACCCAG